ACAGCUUUGUAUUGUAUUGCAGCUGUAUUGUCAGGGCCCGACUGUUUUGUCAUCUAUUUAAGUUGCGCGUGCUGUAGACGUACAUACGAUGGGUACUGGUGUAUCAAAAGACACGGGUAAAACUAUUUACAUCAAUGUAAACGGUCAAGUCAAGAAAAUUCGAUUCAGCCAACAUUGUUGUUCACGUGAUAUAUAUGACUUGUUGACGUCAGUUAUCUCCGUAAACAGAUGGACUCCCGUGACUUUGGUUGACAGUGACAACGCGCUAAUCUCCGUUGCACCAACAAUGCCAUGCAACACCCAGAGUACUCCGUAUAAGGUUGUGAUGUCGUCGCAGGACACACCUAAUGGAGACGAUGAGCUUUUCCAGUCAGUGUUGUCGCAAGUGGCCGAGCAGUUUACAAAGGCUUUUGGAGUAAAUGAACUGAAAAAAGAGGUUCAAGAAAGACUGAAUACGUUAGAGAAGAGGAUGGAAUUUGAAGGUAUGAAGGCAAUUGAUAUUGAAAAAUGUAAAUUGGAAAUUGCCAAGUUGAAGGAAAUGAUGGUUAACAGGGAAGUUGAAACAUUCGAUAUGACAAAAGUGAUGAUAAAUGCUCGAAGGGACGUUCCAAAAUAUCACAAGUACACUUUAUCAGAAGAAACUAUCCGAUACCUCCGGAAUCCGACCUUUGACAUCUGGCAUUGGGAGCCGAACGAGAUGUUAUAUUUGAUGGAGCACAUGUUCCACGAACUCGAACUGGUCAGUGAAUUCAACAUUAAUCCAAUAACAUUAAAGAGAUGGCUGAUUAAUGCGCGUACGGAACUAGCUAUUCGAUACAAUGAUAUUUCGCCGCUGGAGAAUCAUCACUGCUCUGUGGCCUUCCGCAUCCUCAGCACUCCUGAGUACAAUAUAUUUGCCAACGUCGAUCCAGAGAGAUUUAGAUGUAUACGACAGGAAAUGAUUACUCUGAUCCUAGCAACCGACAUGGCCAGUCACGGUGACGUCAUGAAUAAAUUUAAAAGUCAGAUUGAACAAGGCUUUGAUUACAGCAAUGAAGACCACCUCAAGUCGUUGAAGAUGGUGUUAAUCAAGUGCUGUGACAUUUCGAAUGAGGUCCGGCCAAUGGAGGUUUCUGAACCAUGGGUUGACUGCUUACUUACAGAGUACUUCAUGCAGAGCGAUCGUGAGAAGAUAGAGGGACUGCCUGUUUCACCUUUCAUGGAUCGGGAUAAGGUUACUAAGUCCACUGCGCAAAUCGGCUUUAUUAAGUACAUACUUAUUCCGAUGUUCAAAUCGGUCGCACUGCUAUUCCCGCAACUCGAUGAAACCAUGGUCGAGACACUGAACGACUCCCUCUACCGUUAUGAAGACAUCAAACAAGCAGACGACCAGAAGAAGUCAUCGGAACAAAUAGCUUAAAAAUGCACGUGCGCGGUCGUGCGAACUUUCACGUUAUCUACUUGUAGGCACAUAGGCCAACAGGCUUGCAGAGAGGGAAGUCCGAAUGAAUACGGCAAACGGCAACCUAUGAAUUAUAAAAAAAAGUAUAAAUGAAGUAAAUUCUACGUUUUUGGGAUGUGUUAGUGAAGUUGAUGCAAUCCAAUAAAAUUGUCAAGCACAGUAAACUAGAUGGUUUGAAAUUCCAGAUGUUUGUUUACGUUUAAAAUAGUGUAUAGGCCUAUAUAUAUAUAUAAUAUAUAUAUAUAUAUAUAUAUAUAUAUAUACACUUAUAUAUAAAACAAAUACAUUUCCCCAUGAAAGGUUAGAAAUUUAUAGGUUAAGGUUAAUUAACAUUGUACAAAGGUUAAAAUUUUAAAAUGGUUAGGAAUAGAAGAUAAAGUACCUGCUUUGCCCAUUUAAAAUAAAUAGCAAAUUAAUGAUGUAAACCUAAGAUAUGAAUGCAUAUAGGCCUACAUUUUUAAUGUGGUAACCCCUUAGGUUAGUAUAAUGUAAAUACAUUUGGAGAGAAAAUUCGCUGUAAAUAGUCUAAAUGUUUAAAGCUAAAUAUAGAAAAGUGACAUCUCUGGUAAUAUUUUUGUACAUAACUUAUGAUUUUAUUAUUGUGUACACAUAUUUCGCUUUUAUUCCACCUAAAAUAUUAAUCAACGUUAUUAUUAAUAGAUAAAUAUAUAUUAUUGUCAACAUCAUCAACGUCAUAUUUAUCAUCAUCAUCGUCAUCAUCAUCAUCAUUAUCACCAUCAUCGUCAUCAUGAUCAUGAUCCCCAUCACCACUCACUUUCUAUUCAUCUACCAGUCAUUCAUCCAUUGAUUCAAUCAUUGAUAGCCGCUCUAUCUAUUACACACAUCUCGGAGAAUUGUACGAAUCCGUUUGUAUUAUUGUACUACGUACGGUAGUUUAAGUUUCUCAUAAGCCAGUAUUAACUGAACUUUGUACAAGGGCGAGACGUUAAUAAGCAAACAGGGCCUACUACUAUUACUACUACAAUCAUUAUUGCGGUGUGCAAAGUGGUGGGCUGUACGUCUAGUAGGUUUCCUUUACUGGCAAAAGGUAUCUUGGCGUGCUGAGUGCUCUAAUACCAAAGGUUACAGUACUCCGGAAACAAUAUCUAGAGCCUUGCUAUUAGGUAGUUUUCACCAGUUAAUAAUUUGGUUUUUGCUGAAGAAAGGUUAUUCUUAAUACUCAAAGCGAGGAAAUAAUCGUAAUUAAACGAUACUUUUUUGCGCCCCCCCCCCCCCCACCGGGUGGUGUCAGGGGGCAGGUCGAGGGGCAGGGAGAGCCCCCGGUCGGGGAGAAAAACCACAAUUCGUCGGAGAGAAAAAAUGUACAUAUAUUUUCUACUAGAACCCAAAACCGAUUAAAAAAGCCUUUGAAAUCCUAAAUUGUCAUAUUUUUCGUGGCUCGGCCCCCUGGAACACUUUCGGGAGAUUUUGAGCGACGCCCGACCACGCCCACUUUUUUUCGUCGU